UAUGGACUAGCACCACCACCAGGAUCCUCCUCCUCCUCCAUCUGGAAACUGGAGGAGCAUCUUCACCCUCUGACGUCAUGUCAGCAGCAUCAGCUGUUAGCUCUGCUUUAAGCCUUUUCGCUGCCGAUCGCUGCCUGCAUAAAGGAAAUAUAUGAGAUCCCCUCUAAUCCCUGAAAUGGCGACACAGGAGGUACAGCUGAAUGAGACUCUGACCCAUCUCAAAACGGAGUCGGAGACGCUAAAGUCGAAGCUGGAGGAUGAAAGAGCGAAGCUGCACGAUGUCGAGCUACAUCAGGUGGCAGAGAAGGUGGAGGGGCUUGGUCAGUUUGUUAUGAAGACCCGAAGAACUCUGAAGGGACAUGGCAACAAAGUUCUGUGUAUGGACUGGUGUAAGGACAAGAGGAGGAUCGUCAGCUCCUCACAGGAUGGAAAAGUGAUUGUGUGGGAUGCUUUCACCACCAAUAAGGAGCAUGCUGUGACAAUGCCUUGCACCUGGGUGAUGGCCUGUGCCUACGCCCCCUCUGGCUGUGCUGUGGCUUGUGGGGGCCUGGAUAAUAAAUGCUCAGUGUAUCCUCUGUCUCUGGACAAGAAUGAGAACUUGGCUGCGAAGAAGAAGUCAGUGGCCAUGCAUACAAACUACCUGUCAGCCUGCAGCUUCACCAACUCGGAUAUGCAGAUCCUUACUUCCAGCGGGGAUGGGACAUGUGCAUUAUGGGAUGUUGAGAGUGGGCAGCUAUUGCAGAGUUUCCAUGGACACGCAGCAGAUGUGCUCUGUCUGGACCUGGCUCCCUCCGAGACUGGAAACACAUUUGUUUCAGGGGGCUGUGAUAAGAAGGCCAAUGUGUGGGACAUGCGUUCAGGACAGUGUAUUCAGUCCUUUGAAACUCAUGAAUCAGACAUAAAUAGUGUCCGAUACUACCCCAGUGGAGAUGCAUUUGCAUCAGGCUCAGAUGAUGCUACAUGCCGCCUGUAUGACUUAAGGGCAGACAGAGAAGUGGCUAUUUAUUCCAAAGAAAGCAUUAUAUUUGGGGUCUCCAGUGUUGAUUUCUCUCUCAGUGGACGGCUAUUGUUUGGCGGCUACAACGACUACACCAUAAAUGUCUGGGAUGUUCUCAAAGGAACACGGGUCUCUAUUCUGUUUGGACAUGAGAACCGUGUCAGUACACUGCGUGUUUCCCCAGAUGGGACGGCCUUCUGCACAGGUUCCUGGGACCACACUCUUCGGAUCUGGGCUUAAGGAUGAAGGCACUGAGAAUGAAAUGGUACACAGACCUACUGAAGAUACACCAACUUUCUGUUUGCUAGAGAACAAUCACAGAGAUAAAGGCUCAGUUUUGGUUGUACAUAGGUCAUAUCAAUAGCAUUGUAUAUACUCCAGUCUCAAGGUCAUGGUAGAUUUACAUAUUUCAGAGAGUAAUUAAACCAAAUAAUAUGUGAUUAAAGGAAAAUGGUACGGAGGAACUCAUGGUUACAACUUAAGAUGUUAAAUGUAUAUUGCAGCAAAUAACAUUGGUAGUGACUAGAUCAGUCUAAGAUAGAAGUGACACAAUAAAGUGAUGUAUUGUAUGUGCCCACAUAAAGGACAUUACUUGUAUAUUUAUUUGUUUUUCUGCACAAAAAAUAAUGGAGGAAUGCAGCCUGUAGAA